CAUUGCGGGUAUAUGCUCGGAAACAAAGCUUCCAGUUGAAAACAUCUGGUAUCAGGAAGCCUUUUACUUCAAAUAUUUACUGAGAACGACGUAGGUCCCUAUCGAAGAGAGAGCGAGUGAGAGUAUAUCCUUCAUAGUUAAAUAUAGGUCUACAGACUUCGAAUUUGCGUUUUAUCUUGCGCGUUAUUUUGUAAAAAAAAAAAAAAAAAUUAAUAGAGCUUUAUAGAAUAAUAAUGUAUUUUAUGAUAUAUUUCAGUGCGAUUAUCUGUCAUCGUUGAUGACCUUACAAAAUGUUCUGUAAGUGGGCUUGUUUUAUGGAGCUGUAUGUUUUUGUCUAACCAGUGUAGGCUAUCUUAAGAAUCGAUAGGCGGAAAGUUACGUCAACAGAUUUUCGUGUGGGGGAGGGGAUAUGUGAUUUCGUUGUAUUUAUGUGCCAUAUUAAUGGUACAAGGGUCUAGGCUGAAACAGCUGUCUUUUCAAGCCAAAAUGGAAUAGAUUAAAAAAAACUUCUCUGUCAGCAGCAGGCUAACUUAUUUGGCAAAUGUACUGGAGCAAGACUGAUUCCCUCACAUUAUUUGUGAAACCAUUACACAGAGAGAAUGCACGUGCCUGUGCAGCAGGGGCUAAAGGGAGGUUCUAAUUCUUAUAUGCACUAGCCGCCGGUUUUGAGAUUGACAGUGAAGCUUCAGGGCCAUUGCCUUUAGCGGACACAAUGACACCGAUGUACACCCUGUUAAGAAAGGAGUUGCUCGAAGAAGUUCUACGGAUCGAUCUUUCAAGCUGGAUCCUUUUGAAUAAACCCCAAAUUGCCAUUGGGUAAAGGUAAUCACGUGACAUGUCUUUUCCGUCCAAUUUCAACCACGUCUCCUUUUGAAUGAAUAUUGUCAAUAGCAAGGGGUCCACACGGGCAUAUUACAAAAUAAUUUGAAUGUCUUUUUUCUCCACAUAGCCUGCUUAUUUUAAUUGAGAGCGAAAACUCGUAAACUUCAACGAAGCCAAACUUUCCCUAUCCGCGCUCUUGGGGCGUGAGACAACAGGUUUACAAUGAAUUACGAGUUUGAGCGUGAGACGGGUUUCAUCAAUAGUCUGCCAUCGCUCGCGGAGUGCCUUACUUCUUUCCCCCCUGUUGACGACUCAUUUCAGAAGUCAUCAAUCAAAAGCUCAGCGCUCACGAACCCUCACCCUCUUAUCCUACCUCCUUUCGAGCACACCAUCCGAAGCUUGAGUCUCGGGACUCAGCCACGCGAUGCAGGGCCCCGGCACAGCGUAGAUGGGGGAAGCCCACUACACGCCAAAUCUCUGACCCAGGAAUACCCGUGGAUGCGCGAAAAGAAGACUAACAAGAGAAACUGUCCUCUCACACCGACCGGCUUCUUGACUCCUACAGCGGGAGUCAUUUGCUUCUCUCCAAAAGGCUCACCCGAGCUUCCCGAGGGCGGUUUGUCUAGUGGAGAAGGAGGUUCGCGCCGCCUGAGAACAGCAUACACAAACACACAGCUUUUAGAGCUAGAGAAGGAGUUCCACUACAACAAAUACCUUUGCCGACCGCGCCGUGUGGAAAUAGCGGCGCUUCUCGAACUUACAGAACGCCAGGUCAAAGUGUGGUUCCAGAACCGACGGAUGAAGCAUAAACGCCAGACCCAGAUUAAAGACAUCCACGGGGAGCUAAGCAAGACAACUGUCGGCGAGGAUAAUGGUGCACAGAGCGACGAGGACGCCUAUUUACCUCAUAUUAUUCUUUCUCAUUUACCACUUCUGUAA